GGGAUAGCAUGACCGCAGUUCUGACUCGACGUCACUCACGUAGCCGUGGCGUGCCUGCAGGCAAAUAAUAGUGAGUCGAGUGUGUGGUCUACAAGCGGAUUCAUGGAAAAAAUGUAGCACCGAUGUGACAAAAAUAUAGCAACACACUCUACAUGCAUUCAUGGACUGAGGAUAUUCGUAGCUUUGUUCCAUAUAAAGCAUGGAGAACGGUGCGUAAACAACUCCUUUCCUCAGACCACAAGCCAGGCCGUUUUCCUGGAAGACAAGACCACACACAAUGUAGACUGUAGUGGUCAGUAGUGGGACACCAUACUGUGCUCUGGGGACCAUGGAGCUAGAGGGGGACUCUCUUUCCCCCAGGGAUUCCUUCACCUCAGUGAGCAGCUAUGGGCCACCACCACCAUUCUCAGCACAGGACACCGCAACACACAACUUCCUAAAUCACACCUUACAGGUUCCAGACGAGCUCACCUUCAGUGGGAGCCCAUGGUCCAGUGGUGGCAAUGGGGACUUUGAGAGGACCGCAGGCCUCCUAUCCCAGGUGGAAUCAGGGAGGAGUGCACAGAGGAGCAUCAGGCCCUCAGCCUUUCCCUCCUCCCUGACCUGGGACUCUGACUCUGAGAAAGAGACACUAGACGAGGAGGAGCUACAGCACUUUUCUAACCCUCAUGGUCUGGCCGCUCACAGCCCAGGAUCCCCCUCCUCUGGACUCAGACCUGACAGUGAGGAUGACCAAGCACCUGAACAACUGCAGAACUUACCCACUGAGACAAACCUACUCAGCCCUGUGGAGGAGUGGGACCAAGACAAGCCUAACACACACAGAGAGGAGCCAAUAAAGGUCCAACCCAGUUCAAAAGAAUGUAAGCAUGAUGGAGAGCAAGUGGUACAUGACAGAGUCUGGAAAAUAUUGGAGAAAGCUGAACUGUUUCAGUCCAAAGUGACAUCAAAGGAGGGGUGCAAAAUUGAGGAGGAAGGAGAGGAAGAGGACCUGACAGGGAAGGACAAGGAACAUGAGCGGGAUGUGUACACCUUUCCUGGGGACUCAGACACAGAGAGCCCCCCACCAGCACCCUGGGCACACUGCACCUUCAUCCAGCGUCGGAAGAAGAAGAGGGCCCUGCUCAGGCCCUUCUCUGGCCAGGGCUCCUGGGAACGCACAUCAACAGGAGCUGGGAAGAAGGCAAGGGGUGCUUCCUCAAGAGAAAAGAGCUUGGGGCCAGUGAAGGUGAGUGGAGGGGCCUAUGACUUUAAGGAGGACUUGGAAAAGGCAACAGAGGAUCUGGAGAAGGUAGAAGAGGAAAAAGGUGGUGAAGAAGAAGGAGGAGGAGAGGGAGAGCUUGGUGAAGAGAUUUUCACCUGUGUGGAAUGUAGCAUUUACUUCAAGAAGCAGGUCUACCUGCAGGAUCACAUGCAAGAGCACAGUCAGACCAGGCCGGGGGCUGUCAGGAGGGAGCGCGGAGUGAAGGGCGCGCGAUUUCGGUGCGUGGAGUGUGGAUGGAACCUGUCAAACAGGCUGGCUCUGGCAGACCACCACAGACGACACCAGGAGUCUCGUCAGAAGAUCCUGGAGGAGAUUGGGAAGCUGAGUGACAGUGGGAAAGGAGAGACUACGCAGGGUGAGCCAGGCAAGGUGACCAAACCUGCAAGCCCAGUCCUAGAACCAUUUGUAGCUCCAGUCACGACUCCAGCUCAAGUCCCAUUCACAGAGCCAGUCCCAGCUCCAUUCACAGAGCCAGAUCCAGCUCCAUUCACAGAGCCAGAUCCAGUCCCAGUUCCAGUCAGGGCCCCAGUCAAAGCUCGAGCCAAAACCCCAGUCAAAGCAAAGGUCAAAGGCCCAGCCAAUCGUCGCUAUCUCUGCCUCAAGUGUGACUUCAGUACACGCACCUCACAGGCAUUGGCCAACCAUGCCAAGACCCACAACAGAAAACCUACUGGUCUGCAGCGAGCCUCUCCGCGCUUUCAGCCAAAGCUCACUCCUAUGGAGCUGCCCGUGUCACCUGGAUCUGCCUCUGGCCUGACCUCCAUCUCUCUCACUUGUGAUCAGUGUGCCUUCCAGGCCUCCAGUCAAACUGCUCUGAAGGAGCACCAACACGUGGCUCACCCCGCGCAGACAUCCAUCUGUGGGGAAGGGCCUGAAGAGAUUAACCGUCCAGGGUCCAGAAUUGAUGCCUCCUCUCCACCAUGUUCUGAUAAGCUUUCUAAGCCUGUCUCUCCACCAGAGGGCCAAAGCCAGUCAAAGGCCAGUAAGUCUUCCUCUAGUUGGAUCUCUGCUAUGGAGGACAGUGACACACAGCCCCAACCAUCAAACACUGCUACAGCUCUCCAGCGUAGAGAGAUAGCCUUUAAGACCAUCGGGAACAAGAGGGCAAAUAGGAGAGGGAAGGCGGGGACAGAACUCCUCCAGCCAAAUCCCAGACUGGACAGCGGGCCACCUGAGACCGAUGAUGCACAAAGCCAGGGCCAGAGCCCCGAUAUGAACCAAAAAGAGACUGAAUCACUUGUUGGAUCCAAACCGCUCACCAGGGCUCGAUCCCUCCGAGAUGACUCCUCUCUAAAACAACAGAGCCUCACAGCCUCAUGCUCUACUGAAGGGAAGCCCGUGAAGGAAGAGGAAGAGGACGGGGAGACAAAGGUUGCUUUUGAAAAGAAGAGUAACAAGGUUUUUGCUGCUGAAAAUGACGAUGAUGAUCAUGACGAAGAAGAGGAAGAGGAGAAUAUCCGGCGUUUCCUAGCGGAGGGCAUAUCAGAUGAGGAUUAUGAGGAGAUUGAUGAGGAAACGGGGACACUGAAGAGCGUGGAGAGGAAAUGCCCCUACUGCCCUGAUCGCUUCCACAACGGCAUCGGGCUGGCCAAUCACGUGAGGGGCCACCUCAACCGAGUGGGCGUCAGCUACAACGUGCGCCACUUCAUAUCCCCUGAGGAGGUCAAUGCCAUUGAGAAGAAGUUCUCCUACCAGAAGAAGAAGAAAAAAGUUGCCAACUUUGACCCGGAUACGUUCAGUGUGAUGCGCUGUGAGUUCUGCAAUGCUGGCUUUGACACCCGGGCUGGUCUGUCCAGCCAUGCCAGGGCGCACCUGCGGGACUUUGGGAUUACUAACUGGGAGGUGACUGUCUCGCCCAUCCAUAUCCUCCGGAAGCUCUUCUCCAGCCGCCCAGACCUGGUCCUCCCUACAGCCCCCCCACGCAGCCCAGCCUCAGACGAGGAGGAGGAGGAAGACCUGGAGACGGAGGAGGAAGAACCAGCGGGAGGGGAGGGGAGUGAAGAGGCAACAGGUGCUACAGUCUCUAACCUACUGCCAUCCUCGCCUUCUCAGCUUUGGGAGAAAGACCACAGCGUUGGUGAGCCUGAAGGCGGGGAGGAGGAAGAGCAGAUGCCAGCACUGGACAGCUUGACCUCCAGCCCAGGGAGGAAGGGUCUGUUUUCCCUGGACCCAGAGAGCCCCUCCCCGAGGGAUGAAGCUGACAUCAAGGUGUCCAACCUGUUAAAGUGUGAGGUGUGCAGCGCCCCCUUCGAGACGAGGCGGGGCCUAUCUAGUCACGCCCGUUCCCACCUGCGCCAGCUGGGCAUCGGCAUGUCGGAGAGCAGCGGGGCACCCAUCGACCUCCUCUACCAGAUCACCAAGGAGCGCGGUCUGGAUGGGCACUUCCCCCCUCCCCUCCCCCGGCCCCCCGUCGCCAAGAAGCCCCUUCACGUUCUGCCAACCCCACGGAAAGAGGAGAGAUUUCAAGACACAGACAUGGACGAGAAACCCAUCCCUUUCUUCAUCCCCUCCCCUGUGGCCUCCCCUCCCCCCUCCUCCCUCAUCAGGGCCUGCUCCCCUUCUCCUGUGGUGAGGAAGGCCCCCAUCUCUUCUCUGCUGCCUGUGUCCUCCCCCUUGCGCUGUCUGGACCAUAAGCCUGUAGGGGCGAAGAGCACCACCUCUAACCUCUCUGCCAAACCCUUCUGGGCUCCACAAGAGACGGAUGCCCCACUCAACCUCACAUUGGAGGUGGACCCCAAUAAGGACAUAGUGUGCCAGCUGUGUGGCGCCUGGUUUGAGACGCGGAAGGGCCUGUCCAGCCAUGCCCGAGCCCACUUGCGUCACUUUGGGGUGGAGUACUCAGAGUCCAAAGGUUCCCCCAUAGACCUCCUCAACCAGCUCAUUCACACUGAUGACUUCAAGCACAGAGCCAGCGCCCUGCAACCUGAGGGGCCCCAAGGGCUCAGGGGCCUCACAGCCAGCCUCUCCUCCCCCAAACGCUCCCUCCUCACCACCUCCUCCACACCUCUCCUCUACAAGGUCACUACGAUGGGGGGUGGAUCUGGGUCCAAAGCUACCUCUUCCUCAGCUUCCUCAAUGUUUGGCCCGCCCUCCAAACGUCCCAAGUCCUCCAAAUUACAGGUCUUCCGUUUGAGUGGCGGGGAACUCACGCCCAUCCCCCACAGUGAACCAGUGAAGGAGAUCGGCUGUGAGUUCUGUGGGGAAUACUUUGAAAACCGUAAAGGCCUCUCCAGUCACGCGCGUUCCCACCUGCGCCAGAUGGGCAUCACAGAGUGGACAGUCAACGGUUCCCCCAUAGACACCCUGCGAGAGCUGAUCACACGUCGAGGUCUACCAUGCGCCCUGCCCCUCAAGCCCCUAAAAUCUCCCCCUCCAUCCCCCGGACCCCCUCGCUCCCCCUUGUCCUCCUCUGCCUCGCCCAGCCUCCUGAGUCGCCUCCCUUUUGCCUUCGCCCACCCACCCAGCCACCAGUCCACAGUGCGUAAGAUGGGCUCAGCUCCACCGGCUUCCCCUAGCCUGAUAGUCAAGCUGAAGCCUGAGCCUAUGCAGCUGGAAGUCACCAUGCCAGGAGCGGUGGGGGGAGCAGCGGGAUACUCCUCUGAGCCACUGAAUUGCAGCUGGAGCAGCUCCGACAAUAUGCUCCCUCUUAACUUGGUCACAGCCCAUGAAGUAGAGCCCACUCGGGACAUCCGCUGUGAGUUCUGUGGGGAGUACUUUGAGAACCGUAAAGGUCUCUCUAGUCACGCCCGUUCCCACCUGCGCCAGAUGGGCAUCACAGAGUGGACAGUCAACGGCUCCCCCAUAGACACCCUGAGAGAACUCAUGCACAAGAAUUGGGGCACCUCGUCCCCAGCCCCGGGGCUGAAGAAGGAGACCAGCCAGGGGUCCAGCCCCACCUGGGAAGGCCUGGUGGGGGGCCUGGGUUACCAGUCGCCCAAGUUCUCCCGCAAAUCCCCCCUCACCCUGCUGCACUCUGGCUCCCGGCUUCAUAAGCACGGCCUGGGGGCGGUGGGCCUCUCCUCCACCCCUCCCGCCGGGAAGUUUUUUGCAGUGUCCCUGCUGGGUAAGAGACCCAUGUCGGAGGAGGGCCGUCCAGUUGAGAGGUCACCAUCCCACCCCCAGUCCUUUUCGCCCCUGCCACAUGACCUCUCCAUCAAAGGGAAGUCCUCUCCAGACAAGAAUGCGGGAGGGCACCUGGAUGCCAGCUGUGAGCUGUGUGGGUUCUACUUUGAGAACCGCAAGGCGCUGGCUAGCCACGCGCGGGCCCACCUGCGGCAGUUUGGCGUGACAGAGUGGUGUGUGAACGGUUCGCCCAUCGAGACGCUGAGUGCCUGGAUGCGCAGCCGGCCCCACAAGGUGGUGGAGAUGCACCGCAGCUACAUGCAGGGCUCCAGCCGCUCCACCUCCAAGAAGAAAAGCAGCUCGUCUCUCUCCCCAUCGUCCGACUCUGACCUCCUCCCCCCCAUGCCCUCCCAGAAGCAUUCCUCCUCCUCCUCCCAGUGGGUGGCUCUGGGGCUGGCCCAGGCCAAACGGGUAGGCCGGGAGCUCACCCUGGCAUCACCCCGGGCAGCAGAGGGUGAUGCAGGUCUCACUCCCCCCUCCCGACCCAGCCACAGCAGUCACAGUCCCAGCCCCGCCCGACUCUCCAACACCCUCCCUCCCCACGCACAGGUGGCCCGCAGCGAGCUCAACGUGCGCCUGCCCAGAGGCUUUGAGCGGCGACCUCUUAAACACCCCUCGCACUCAGAGGGAGGAGAGAGGGACAGUGGCACCCCCAAGCCCUCUCGCACCGGCACCAUUCCUGCCCUGGUGCCCAAACCCCCUUCCUCCCCCCUGGUCAAAGUGGUGGGAAAGAUCUACUCCCUCAGGUGCCGGUUCUGUGAGGUGGAGUUCCAGGGUCCUCUCUCUGUGCAGGAGGACUGGAUCCGCCACCUCCAGCAGCAUAUUCUCAACCUCAACUACAACAAGCCUUCUCCCUCUGCCACGGACCCCCCAGCCCAAGACCACAACCCAACCCCAACCUCAACCUCAGUCCCAGCCACUACCUCCAGCUUCACCACAACUCCCGCCCCCACCUCAACCCCACCCUCCAUCCACACCGACACCACAGCUCCUACUGUUCUCCCUCCUUGCAGCCCCUCUCCUCCCCCAAUGGCUGAGUCUGCUCCAAUUGUCACGGCCAUUCCAAUGGCAACAGCCUCAGCAGAGUCCACUCUCACCCCAAUCCUGAUCCCCAUCCCCACCCCGUCAUUGUAACCCCCAGGUCCAUAACAAUCCACACAUUCUUCUAACCAUUUUGUUCUGCCACGUCUUUGCCAUGCCUUUUUUCCAUCCACUUGUUCCUUCGGCCUCACCACUGGGAACCUGUUGUUGAAGUGUUUUAAAAAGAAGCUUUCCCCCGACGAGCUCUCUCAUUCCCCAGCCUCUCCUAGGAAGCUCUGCAGAUGGUUACAAAGCCCCAUUGCCAUGGGAACCCAAGCUCUCCUGACCAGAGUGGGUGAUUGCAAUUGUCUAGGGCUUCGGAGUCUGCUGUUUCUUCUUUGUUUGGACUUGUUUGAGCUGAAUGUUCAGUUUGUAACGUGGACAGUUACACUUCCUGCCGCUCAGUGGUUAACCGAGAGGUUAACUUAAACCAUAUUGAACUUUGACCUAUCUCCCUGCUCCAAACAGUGCUUUACAAAGACCUGAUAGGCUCCGCCCAUUUAUAUUUGAAGCACUUAAGAGGAGCACACUCAUGGCUCCUGCUUUACUUCCCUCAACAACAUUUUAAAAGGAGUUUAAAUAAUGUUUUGUAGUCAUGCUUAGUCUAUGGUACAGACUUAAAAAGCCCAUUUACACGUCAUUUUGAUAAGGCAAUUUUAAUGUAGACAAUGUCACCUAGCACUUAACUAAAUGCCCCAUUGAUUAGGGCAGUGAUGAUGAGGAAAAGGCCCCUUUGAGAGAAAAGGAAGGACCCUGUAGAGGAAGCAGCACCUUGAAGGGACGUCCCAUUCACCUUAGUGUUAGGCUGACAGGUGCAGUCACACAGUAACUCUUAAUGUUUUCUGAAUGUAGUUAAAGGGAUAGUUCACCCAAAUUACAUAUUGGUUUCCUUAUCCUGUAAGCAGUCUAUGGACAAGGUAUCACAGAAAUCCAUGCUGUGGUUUAGUUUCAUUGGCACCCUUUCCAAAUGUUGUGGCACAAAUCCCAUUUAAGUCAUGGGUACAAGAUAUUAGCAUUUUUCAAACAUCAUGUCCAAAUCAUUCGGAAAGUGUCUAAAAUUGAUUGUAAAGCACAACAAAGUCACUUAUAUAUAAAUGCUGAUAUCGGUCCCAUGGGAUUUGUGCCACAAAUUCUAAAAUGUUAGCAUUUGAAAACAGUGGCAGGGAAACUAAACCAAAGCAUGGAUUGCUGUCAUACCUUAUCUAUAGACUGUUUUACAGGGUAAGGAAAUCAAUGUGUAAUUUUGUAAUUUGGGUGAACUAUCCCUUUUAAUGCACUUAUUCUUUGAGAUGACUGUGCCAUAUUAAAUUAGACUGAUCAAUAUGGUAUUCCAUAGUUUGAUGUCCCCAACACUGUUUAGCUAACGGCAUUUAAGCUCUUGAUGAAACUCAUCUAUUCUUUAGAUGAAAGGGUCCAUAGAAGUGUUGAAGGUCGUUAUUUCAAGUUUCAAUGCGGACACACAUACAAAUGUUGCCAUUUCUUUCUUGCCUUGUCAAUGAAACCCAAAACCUUGGUUGUUAUUUAUUAUACAUUUGAAUGUGGUGAACUAGGUUGUUUUUAGGCUCAAUUAGAACAUUGGAAUGUUUGAAAUUAGGUCAGUGACACUUUUAUCUAAAUGCAUAAGCUAUGUGUGUUUGUUUGUUUGUGUGUGUGUGUGUGUGUGUGUGUGUGUGUUUUUGCACAAGAUGUGCAUGUGUAUGUCUUUCAAUGACUUUUAAAUGCUAGACAACCGUAGCUAACACACAGGACCUCUCGUAGCUAAAAUCUAGCUAAUCAUGGGAUCUGGUCUAUUAUUUAGUCUGAUUAGGACUUGACUGCAUCCGCCAUUCUCCUAAGGAUGUGCCAAAGAGUGUGUUUACUCCCUGGUCUCGCCUCUGUAAGCUGUUUACAUGGGACCUGUUCAUAGGGAGGAGCUCUGCACAGCUACGGAGCAACCAAGGCUCCUCAUUGGACGAGGGACAUGUAUCGGUGUACAUCUGGAUCCAGUGUCUCCCAGUAUGUGAACCACAGAGUUGACUGACUGUUGCAGUGACAUACAUAAGCGGCCUUGGCUUCAUGGAACUGUUACACUACUGCAUUAUUGCACCCAGUACACGGACGCCCACAGAGGUUGCUAUCUGUCAGAGCUCUGUGAAGUAUUGGUGCCCUUAAAUCCAGACGCAUUACGUAUGGCCUCUGGCGGAACAGCUUCUAAAUUGGGGCGACGCUGUCGCUCCAGCGUGUCUUCACAUUGCUUCAGGUAAGUGUUUAUAUUGCCUGCAAAGUAAAGCAAUAACUGAAGAGUCUAUACGGAAAUUAACUUUUCACGUUUGUUCAAGCAUUAAACUAUGUUGAAAACAUGACUGUUUGACCCUAACAAUCCCCAUACCUUUUAUUGAAUAUAGAUACGUAUAUAUAACUACAUGUACUUAUGAAACUGUUGAUGCUAUUAGAGCUAUUAACAGUUCUAUUAACAGCUAGUUAGAAAACGAAUGGAUCAUGAUUCCUUUUAUCGUGAUUUAAUUUCAACCUUCUAUGACAUGUCUUUUUAUUGCUCUGUGCAUUUCUGUAUUUGCAGUCCAGGAGGUGAAACCUUGAUGAGUAUUUUUUAUUUUCUUUGUUAGCUAGUUUCUCUAAGCUGAACAUUGGUGCUCAUGAGAAUGGGAUGGUGAGGAUGGGGAGUGACUGAAGACAGGAGAACAUUUGUGAUUGUUGUGUCCUAAGAUCAGAGGACUCUAAAUACUUCAGUCUUUAAAGGGGACCACUUUUGCACGUUCAGAUUUUUUUCCACCAGUGAGUGUUCACAUCGUGAUAGGGUUAGCCUCUGGCAGGUUUGUGACUGUGUUACCGUGUAAGAUGAGUUUCCGCUGGUGUUACAACUAUGUCCCCUUUAAGAUUGCCUGUGUGUACCCCUCAGCUGGUAUGACUGGCUGCAGAGGGUUGGUAUGUGUGUGAAUGAGUGUGUGAGUGCCUGUGGAGAGCUAAGACCAUGAUCUGAUGAUGAUAAUAAAAAUAUUAAAGAAUUGUACUGUACACAAAGGAUUGAGGUUCAUGUGAAUCAGCUCCUGAACAAACAUUAAAUGUGAUUUCAAACUCA